AUGCAGAAUGGUCGGGAGAGGCGGUACACGAAGGUCGGGUGUGGCGAUGCAGAGAGGUCAGGAGAAGCGGUGCAGGGAGGUUGGGAGAGGACGUACAUGGAGGUCGGGUGUGGCGAUGCAGAGAGGUUGAGAGAGGCAGUGCAGGAAGGUCGGAAGAGGCGGUGCACGGAGGUUGGGUGUGAUGGAGCAGGGAGGUCAGGUGAGGCUGUACUUAGAGGUUGGGUGUGGCGGUGGAGGGAGAUCGAGAGAGGUGGUGCAGGGAGGAUGGGAGAGGCAGCGCAGGGAGGUUGGGAGAGGCGGUGCAGGAAGGGAGGACGGGAGAGGCAGCACAGGGAGGUUGCGAGAGGCGGUGCAGGAAGGUCGGGUGAGGUGGUGCAGGAAGGUCGCGAUAGGCGAUGCAGAAUGGUCGAGAGAGGCGGUACACGAAGGUCGGGUGUGGCGAUGCAGAGAGGUCGUGAGAAGCGGUGCAGGGAGGUUGGGAGAGACGUGCACGAGGUUGGGUGUGGCGGUGCAGAGAGGUCGAGAGAAGCAGUACAGGAAGGUUGGAAGAGGCAGUAUAGAAAGGUCGGGUGUUGCGGUGCAGGAAGAUUGGAAGAGGUGGUGCAAUGA